AUGGCAGCCGAGGUUUAUUAUCCGCCUUCAGGUGUCUGGUUCCGUCUCUACAACCCCAAAUUAGCUCGUUAUGUGUAUGCUCGAAAGGGCUUCGAAGACGUUGGGAGUAUUUCGAGCAAUGAGCCAGCAUACGCAGAUCAAUGGUUCACUUUCGUUUACCACCCAUAUCACAGGGUAUCGUAUCUGAAGAACAAGAUUGGGCAGUUACUUGGAAUCGGGUCUCUCAAUAAUGAGAGCAUUUGCGUGUCUUCGCCUGAUCCUGGUGAGAAAGCGAUCGAUGGGGGAUCGGACGUUGAGCUCCGUCCAGCAAGGAGCAAGAACGGCGAAUCAUGCCUCCGGGUGAUAUUUAAAACUCAUCCAGGAUACAGCCUACAGACCAACUCUAAUGGAAAAAUCUGGCCGGUUGAACCAAGUCACUUCGAUGUAAAUGAAGAUGAUCAGCUCUGGCAAAUGGUUUAUGAGGAUAUGGAAUUUGAGGAGAUCAAAUGGGACGUCGCUAAUGGAAAAAUCCUUGGAAACACACCUGACAUUCUUCGCACCUUCCAUUUCAAAAACGAUUCUCCGGGGACUAUGACACAUGUGUUCGAGGUUGAAGAAAAAGUGACCCAUACCAGUCAGUUCUGUACAAAGUUUGGCUUCUCAUUCAAGGAGGUUGUAUCUUCAAAAGGUAUUUUGACAAACCCCUGA